CUUGCCGUCGCCUCGCAACUCCGUCCUUCGGGGUUAGCCCCGAGCGGCCUUGUGGAUGCUGAGUAGGCGAGGGGAACUAACUAGCCUAACCCGAGUCGUUCGUGCUGCAGAAUCAGCGUAGGGGUUGUUUAAUUCGAGUUCGUCCCAUCGCAAAGCGGUGACCGGCACUAAAGCAUUGACAGGCCCAACCUGAGCUACUGGCCCGCGGACUCCCAGUGCAGCUUAGGACCUCAGCACACUGCUAUACCCAGAGGACAGCAUGGAACAGCAGGAUGAGAAGUGCCCAGGGCCCCUGAAGGCCUGCAUGCAGGACUCUCUCCUUUCUCAAGAGAUUAUCAUCAAGGUUGAAGGAGAAGAUGAUGGAUCACUAUCCAUCCCAUCCCAGGAAGGAGUGAACUUCAAAAUUGUGACUGUGGACUUCACUCAGGAGGAAGAGGGCACUUGGAACCCAGCUCAGAAGACCCUGGACAGAGAUGUGAUCCUGGAAAACCAUAGGGACCUUGUCUCUUGGGAUCUGGCAACUACACUUAGAAGAAGAGAAUCAGCUUCAAAAUGGAGCGGUUUUGAUGAUGAACCAUUUCAUGGAGUGAAGAUAGAAAAAUUGACAAGGGAUGAUCCUUGGUUAUCUUCAUGUGAAAAAGUCCAUGAUUGUAAGGACGAGUUGGAGAAUCAACAGGAAAAAGAAGAGAGACUUUUGCAGGAAGUGGCAUUCACUCAAAGGAAAGCUAUUAUUCAUGAGAGAGUGUGCAAAAGCAAUGAGCUUGAGGAGAAGAGUGGUCUGAAUUCCAGUCUUCUUUCACUCCCAGUGAUACCCAUAAGAAACUGUUUUGAUAAACAUGUACCACAUAUUAAAAAAUUGCAUCAUAAUUCUGUUGUAAGCAGCCAUCAGAAGUUUGAUGCCAGUGAGAAACUAUGUGAAAAUAAUGAAUGUGGAACCCCUCCUCAAAGCAUUCACCUUAUUCAGUUUACAAGAACUCAAACCAAAAAAUCCUAUAGAUUUAGUAAUAAUUUUCAAUCUUUGAGCCAUGGUACACCCUUAGAUAUACAUGAAAAAAUUCAUGUAGGAGGAAAACCCUUUGAUUUUAAGGAAUGUGGGCAAGUUUUGAACCAUAGUGAACAAGAGAAAAUUCCUGUUAAAGAGAGUCAAUAUAAAUGUAGAAAAACCCCUCAGAAUUCAUCCCUUGCUGAAAACAUGAGAAAUCAUUCAGAAGAGAAACCUUUUGAAUGUAAUCAGUGUGGGAAAUCCUUCAGCUGGAGCUCACAUCUUGUUGCACAUCAGAGAACUCAUACAGGGGAGAAACCUUAUGAAUGUAGUGAAUGUGGAAAAUCCUUCAGCCGGAGUUCACACCUUGUUUCCCAUCAGAGAACUCAUACUGGAGAGAAACCUUAUAGGUGUAAUCAAUGUGGAAAAUCCUUUAGCCAGAGUUAUGUCCUUGUCGUGCAUCAGAGAACUCAUACUGGAGAGAAGCCUUAUGAAUGCAGUCAAUGUGGAAAGUCAUUCAGACAGAGUUACAAACUUAUUGCGCAUCAACGAACUCAUACUGGAGAGAAGCCCUAUGAAUGCAACCAAUGUGGGAAAUCAUUUAUCCAGAGCUAUAAACUUAUUGCACAUCAAAGAAUUCAUACUGGAGAAAAACCUUAUGAAUGCAAUCAAUGUGGGAAAUCCUUUAGUCAAAGUUAUAAACUUGUUGCUCAUCAGAGAACUCACACUGGAGAAAAACCCUUUGAAUGUAAUCAGUGUGGAAAAUCAUUCAGCUGGAGCUCUCAACUUGUUGCACAUCAAAGAACUCACACUGGAGAGAAACCGUAUGAAUGUAAUGAGUGCGGAAAAUCUUUCAACCGCAGCUCUCACCUUGUUAUGCACCAGAGAACUCAUACUGGAGAAAAACCCUAUGAAUGUAAUCAGUGUGGGAAAUCCUUCAGCCAGAGUUAUGUUCUUGUUGUGCAUCAGAGAACUCAUACUGGAGAAAAACCCUAUGAAUGCAAUCAAUGUGGGAAGUCCUUUAGGCAGAGUUCAUGCCUUACUCAACAUCAGAGGACUCAUACUGGAGAGAAACCCUAUGAAUGUAAUCAGUGUGGGAAAACAUUCAGUUUGAGUGCUCGACUUAUUGUACAUCAAAGAACUCAUACUGGGGAGAAACCUUUUACAUGCAGUCAGUGUGGGAAAGCUUUCAUUAACAGUUCUAAACUAAUUAGGCAUCAGAUGACUCACACUGAAGAGAAACCUUAUGAAAUGUAACAAGUUUGGAAGUCUUUCAGCUAGUGUUUAUUCCUUUUUCUUUAAUCCUUUCUUAGAGAUUUGUUUUAAUGGAGUAAGUUUCCCAUGUAGUAGGAAGAACUAGUAUAAAAACAAUACAUGUGGAGAAAAUUC